AUGACUCUUCAAGUUAGUUCUUUCUCGCCUGAGGCAACAUUAGAAAAACUCACGGGCGAAAAAAAGGAUCAGGGAUCAGAUGAUGUCACCCCAAAAAGUCUGAGUAGAACACAACCUGUCAAAUCCAACCUCCAUGCUCUGAUUAUUGGUAUCAACAAAUAUCUUUGCCACAUUCAAUUGCAGGGAGCAGUGAAUGAUGCAAGCUUGUUCAAGUCUUACUUGCUUAAUGACCUGCUCGUCCCGGAAGCUCAGAUCACUACUCUUUUCGAUGAACAAGCCACUCGGGCAGAAAUAAUCCGCGCAUUUCAAAACUUGGCUACGGAUGCACAAAUAAAUUAUAAUGAUCCUAUCGUCAUAUACUAUGCGGGUCAUGGUGCAGAGAUACAACCGCCUCCAAGUCGUUACGAUGCACAUGGAGUUCCUCCUAUCCCAGAUUUCACUAUUAAUUCACUCCUCAAUAAGAUCGCAAAAUCCAAAGGAGAUAAUAUUUGCGUCAUAUUUGAUUCUUGCCAUUCAGCAAGUAUUACACGUACUGGCCGAGGCAAAGGAUCUCGUGCUGUUCACUGGCUUAGCUUCUCUCCUCUCCCCGAGGAGAUAGAUUCUGAGCUAUUUAUCGAGGACUCAUCGACACCUGUUCUUACCCGGACUAUUGAGAAAUCUCAAGGCGAGAUGGCUGUCCAAGGCAUGCACUCACACGUUCUCCUGGCUGCAUGUAGCUCUAAAGGCCUUGCUUAUGAGGAUUUGGAUGAUAUCCCCCAUCAUGGAUAUUUCACAAAAGCUCUUCUCAAAGUUCUCCGCACUCGAUUGCCCAGGAUCGAGGCAUCUUGCCCCCAGGACCCGGUGUGUGAGGGUACCAACGUGGAUCGUAUGUUUUUUAAUGCGAUGGUAGCUGGAGGGGACAACUCGUUUAUUUUGCUUGAGGAAAAAGACACUAAAGUGUACCUCCGGGCAGGAAGUGCACAUGGAAUUACUCCAGGAUGUUUAUUUGCUAUCCAUGCCGACCCGAUUCUUGACCAUGCAAAUCCGUCCGUUGGAAAUAUGGUAGUGGAUCAGGUCACACCCUUCCGAUCACUACUGAAGCCUGCCGAUAAAGCACCAAACUUUGUCAUUCCGAACCCAGGAUACGCUCGACAGAUAGGUACUGGAAGUGAACAUGCACUGGACGUGUAUAUUUCCCCAGAGUUUGAACAAGUCGUACCGACCGACCCGCGAUGGAAAAUAGCGUUUUCCGGAGGAGAGAACAGUGUCAUAUUGCGUCUAGUCGAGAAGGACCUCGCUGCGCUGGUUAUAGAUGUCAAUGCUCAAAGGGACGCUACAUUUAUGUUUCCAAGGCUGGAAUCAGCUGUCAGAAACGGUGUUUCAGUUUUACAAUAUACAGCACCAGUACAUUUUCGGAGCGUAUACCGAGUCAUUGUAGCAUCGGCUCGUUUCAUCUGGCACCUCGAGCGUCUUCCACAUCCGAGGCCGUUCCAGAAGUCCGUCAGGAUGGAGUUCUACAAGUUGAAAGAGAGUGGAACAAACGAAGAAACAGGAAGCCCUAUUUUGGAUAUUGACGGUAGUAGUCUGAAUUUUGGAGGUUUUGCGAGCAUAGAGAUCAAUGACAGGGAUCGCUACGCAUUUCGAAUCCUUAACUCGUCCUCUCGGGAUUUAUAUGCAUACCUAUUCUAUUUCUCGCUCACCACAUUGGAAAUUAGACCUCGAUUCAUCCAGGUAGUUGGAAGCGGGCAUAUUGAUCCUUCACUACCAAAGGGAGGCUUCCUGACUCUUGGUUAUGGCUCUGGAGGAGUUGGGCCCUUUCAGUUUAAUCUCAAGCCUGGAGAAUCGACCGACGUUGGAGUUUUCAAGUUAUUCUUGUCUACCUCUCCCAUAGACAUGAGUUCUAUCGAACAAGAUCCACCUUUUGGAAUUGAGCCUCGGAGGCUUAUUACGGAAAAUGAAGCCAAGCAUAAGUUUAGUGCCCUACGAGUUGGGAUGUGGGACGCCAUUGCGAUGGAACUGAGGUUAUCCCGACCGAUUGAAGUUCAAAACUCCGAAGAUGAAUUUGAGUCUCAUAAUACGACAUUCCCAUUGCUUGAGAAUGAGGAGAUUGAACCAGAAGAUGGAUCAUGGCUCGCUGAGUUGCUUCCCGAAAAGCCAUAUGCGUUGUUGAGAGACGUAAAAUUGAUCUAUGGUCUGGUUAUCGAUCCGGAUUCGGGACCUCGUUGGGCGAAACAGCCAGUUUCAAGACUAACUGGACCUUCUGCACAACGUUCAUUCAAUGCUCGGCACACUGUAACUAUCGAAGAAGUAAAGUCUUCGAACGUGCUCGAUGCUGCACUUGCCCAGCUUGGAUUUCCAUCGCUUGGAGAUAUGCCCAAUAUGGCACCACUUGACGGUCUCGCUUUGAACGGUGGAUUGCAAAAGUGGACGACAAGGCGAAUAAUCGUUGGGCAUUUGACCUUCGCUUUGUCUGCUACAGACUUUAUGCCCAAUAGUGGCUUUGUCUCGGACGUUCGAUGUGCGCUGGACCAAACGAAGGAUCGGGAGAAACUUGCAGCGCUCAAAAAGAUUUUUGAAACCUGGGGGAGGAUUAUUCCAUUGAGCGCGGUAGCUGGGUUCUCAUCGGCAGAAACGGCGAUGGACAAUGAGCCCAAUUGGCCUCGACCACCCUCAAAUGCUGAUCUUGAGUCAGAUAAAUCUGAUAAUUGGGGGAUAGUCAAAGUUACCCGAGUAGGAUCUAUUCUAGAGGUCCUGGAUAAAACCUUACAAGAACAAGUCAAGAAGCUAUAUGCUAGACUGUUCUUUCGUUCUCCAUGCGUUGGCACAAGAUCACGAUUCGGUUUCGAUGGAUCCAUGUAUCAGAGCCAGUGUAUCGAGGAGAUUGAAAUUGGGUUUUCAGACAUGGGUAUAGAAAGGAUUGUUAUCCGAUAUAGUAACGGAUCAAUCGCUGGGCCAUACGGGAUCUCUGGAGAGUCUGCUCAGAUCUCUCGGUUUAGCAUUACCAAAGAUGAAACUAUUACUGACAUUUUCGUUUGGGCGACCGAUAACCAAAUUUCGUCAAUUCAAUUACUCACAAGCAACGGUCGAGGCUCUCCGAUCUAUGGUGCACUCUGGGGUGCAUCCCAGGGACCUACACAUCUGAGUGGAAAUGGGUGCGCUCUGGUUGGUCUUUCUGGUGGCUUCGACGCUCAUGGUAUCACUCAACUUCAGGCCAUCUGGCGUGGAGAUACUCACACCAAGGGGUACCAACGCAUGGAAAUAUGUCACAUAGGCGGGAAUCAUGGGAGGAUUUGGAGCGACUGGGGGCUUUCAGAAGAUAUGUCCCAAUUCCAUAUAUCUAGUAUUAGUGCAAGGGAACCAGGCACUGGUCUUCUUGGAGGGUUUCAGCCGCCCCUGCAUGCCCUUAUUAUUGGAAUUAACAAUUACAAAUCAAACUUCCACCUUGUCGCAGCGGUUCAGGAUGCCCUUCAUUUCAAGCAAUAUCUAACCAAAGAAUUAAAUGUCCCCGAGGAGCAGAUACAAACGCUUCUAGACGAUAAGGCGAAGCGGGCUGAUAUUAUAAAGGCUCUUCAGGAACUGGGCAACGAAGAUAAUGGUAUAAGACCUGGCGAUGUCAUUGUUAUUUACUACGCAGGCUAUGGAAGUGAGGUUGAACCUCCCCCGGAUCACACUUUGAAUGACUCCUUGGUGCAGUGUAUUGUCCCCCAGGAUGCGAGUGUGGCGGAUGGAGUUCUCCCGAUCCCAGAAUUUACAAUUGGAGCCCUUGCACAUAAGAUCGCACAGGAAAAGGGAAAUAAUAUCGUGAGUGGUGUCCUUCAACUCGUUCUCCGGAGUUUUGUUGAUUGUGUCCUCUUUUUGGCGAAUUCCUGCUUUUGCUCUGUGCUCUCCUACUUUUCCGGCGGCUCCUAUGGUGACCCCGUGCGUGGCGUAAGGUUCAUCGACAAAAAGCUUCUUUCUCCCCUCCCAGCGUUCUGUGACCAUGCUAUAAUUCAAGGGUCCCUCUCUACCAGCGAUGUCGUUGAUCCCUUUUCUCUAGGGUGGUUCCUCCAAGGAAUGGAUACCAACGCAAUGAACUCUUACGUUUUCAUUGCCGCAUGUGGGCCCCAGGAAGUGGCAUUUGAAGAUACACAAACUGAACAAGGAUAUUUUUCAAUGGCCCUCUUGAAUAUGUUAAAGAACUUUGGAGUGAAUAGCUUGACGUACAAGGACCUAAUCCAGAGGUUCCCCGCUUUGAGAACUAGUCAGCCACAAAAUCCGGUUUGCGAGGGACAGCAUAUUGAUCGAAUCUUAUUCAACGGCCUGGUGGAGGGGAUUCGUACCGACUUCAUCGCUAUUGAGCAAGAGCAAAGUGGCUUCUAUCUCCAGGCGGGACUCAUUAAAGGAAUCACACCCGGUUCUAAAUAUGCAAUCCACGUGGGAGAUGUAUUCGGACCUUUGGAAGCAACCGACAGAAUAAUCGAAGUGGACAGAGUGGAUCCGUUCACUGCACAUGUUAAGGACGGCUCAGGUCUCCCGACUCUAUGUUACGGGCGCCAAGUAGUGUGUGGACCAGAACGGGCGCUGGAUAUCUACGUCAGUGAGACCUUUGUCAAGGCAGUCGAACCUAGCACCGCCUGGUCUCGCGCUUUCUCAGCCGAUACGGGAGACCUCACCCUACGUCCAGUCAGCCCAGAGUUGGCACAAGUAAUUUUAUCGAUUGGUAAACCAAACGAGACGACGUUCAAUCUUACGAACCCGAUUUCAGUCAAGUACUGCAUCAACACUCUUCCGCCAUUCGGAAAGCCUGAUAUUCCACCGACCGCACCGCAUGUUAUCCCCAUACUCAGUGCACUGGCUAAAUGGAACUGGUACCCCGCCUGA